UGACUCGCCUCUGCCAGUCUCCUCUCGUGUCUGCUUUGUUAAGUUCCAUGAUCCAGACUCGGCAGUUGUGGCACAGCAUCUGACAAACACUGUGUUCGUUGACAGAGCUUUGAUAGUCGUACCGUAUGCUGAAGGUUUGUGCUUUGUUUCACUACCUAUGUGGGCACCCCUGCGUGGCCAUCGGCCACAGUGUAGGUGUAGAGUAAGCAUCACUAGCUUGUCAGACUCUGAGUAUUAAUUUGAAACCCUUGUUAUACUGCCCUCCAUAAUUCUUACUUGGAGAUUUUUUUCUUGCUCUAAAACUUAGAGAAUAGGGUCUGUUUUAUAAUGUAAUUAGCUUUUUGCUAUCUUUCAAAUGGUCUUAAGUUUAUUAAAACAGAAUUCCUAAUUGAAACUCUGAGAUAUAUUAAUGUUAAGAAGUCCCAAAGGUAAAGGAUCAUACCAUGUCAUUCUCACAGAAAAAUCUUGAAAUAAAUGCAUGAUGCUUUUGUUCUAAAUCAAUAGCUAAGUCAGUUUUAUUUCCUUGAUUCUCUCCCUCGCUCCUAACUUAAAACAAAACAAAACCCCCACACUGAAUUCCAGUAUACCAAGGGUUACAAUAAUUUUAGUUUUUCAAAAGUUUAAAAUUUCCUAUAGUUUAGGUGCCAGAUGGGCACUGGGUGUUUGUUUUUAUGCCAGAUUUUCUUGUUCUUGUUAUAUUUUCUAGAAUAUCUCAAAAUAAUGAACUCUUCUCUCUGUUGUGUGUGUGACUUUUGUAGUGGAGAAGGCACAUGCAAACCUCCCAGAUGGCUGGACACAGUGGGUGCUCUGCAGCUGCAGGCUCUAGACUCUAACUAAACCAGCGAGCACUCGAGCCCCCAAGUGUUCUCCUGCUGUCACCAUUUGUUAACUGCAUUUUCUCUCUUUUUACGUUUUAGGCUGUUAAAGUAAUUUGACAGAAAAAAAAAAAUGAGCAGGUUUUUGGAUCUAAAAAAGCCGCUGUGACAGGACAGCACAAUUUUAAUGCCACUUUGUAAAACUUUUCUAAGGCAUAUUUUACAAUUAGUUUGUUCCCAGUGAACUGCUGUUGGUUUGCUUUUGGUAACUAUAUAUAUAUAUAUAUAUAUCUAUUGGGGAAAUCAUUGCCAUGAUAUACUUACUGAAUUCUAACAUAAUAGCUUAAUAAACUGUCCAGGAUCUAUAUGCUUUCCCCUUCAUUUAAUAAACUGGUCAGUGGAAGCAGUAUCUUAUAAUUGUUGCUUUUUAGAUGCUUCUAAGAUAAUUGAAGACAAAUGUGAAGAUUUGCCAUCAUAACUUUGUGAAAGUUGUGAAAUGUCUAAUCAUAGAGAAUUGCCUCGUCUUUUAUAAAGAACUUAUAUUCAGAGAUGAGUUACGGCAUGCUAUUUUGGUAACAGUAUAUCUAUCUCCAAGGUAUUAACAUAUAUGAGAUGUGAGGCUAGUUCAAUGUUUCUGUGAAAGAAAAGACAGCAGCUGAUUUAGUGUGUUUUGGAUAAGCAAUUCCUUUUAUUUCAGUGUGCUUCUUAUAAGAUAAGACUUAACCACCACCUUAAAUCAACAGAUAACUUACAGAACUCAAUUCAGGAUGAGUAAAGUAGACAGUAGGUCUUGAAACGGUCAUGCCAUGUGAGUAAUGUGCAGAGUGCUUCAGUUAGCCGUAAAUGUAAUGAGCCUGGGAUGGAAUAUCGUAUGUCAUAUAAUUGGGGUUUUAUGACUAAAUAUUUUAAGCCAUAGUAAUUUUUGUAGAUGUGUUUUUGAAAGUGAAGUUUUGGGGAGUGUAUAUAGAGCUAUAGAAAUAAUUUAGUUCAGAAAUCUGAUUUUGCUGCUUUUAAUUUGUGGUAUGAUGUGCUGUAUUAAUGUUACCUCCACAAGUAAACUGAUGUGUUCGAUCCCUUUGUCGCCAUUCACUCUGGUUUUAGCCUUAACACUUUGGUGUUGGCUCUUGGUCAGUGUGUUAGAGCAAUAGACCAAAAGUAUACGGUAAGAAUAGUCUUACUUAGUAAAAUGUAGAGAUAGCUGGAUGUGGAAGGUGCUCUUAAUAGUAAUGGAUUUGGGGGCAUCUAGGUUCCUUGGUUAAUGUUUGUUUCUUUUGUCUGUUUCUUUUUCUUUCAUUUCUACACAUUCAUGCAGUAUUUCAUGGUUCUAUCAAAGCAGCAGUAAAAAAAAUACUCUUGACGCAUGAAAAUUAACUGGUGAGGGGCCUCAUUGCUAUUUUUAAAUUGUAGUUUUAUUUUUAGUCCUUUUUUAAUCAGAGGAUCAGAUGCAUGACUUUUUUAAUGGAUGCAGAUCUUCUCUCAGGUGUCUCACAAUAAAUUCAAGAGGAUUUUAGUUUGCCAGAAAUGUUGCAAAUGCACUAAUUUGAGUAAGAUGUUGAUACUUAAUAUAUCCUCUUGAGACAUAAUUUUGCAUGCAAAAUUACCCCUUAAUCUUUGUAGGUUUGUUAAUAUUGAUGCAUUAAUGCCCUAUAUCCAAAUGAUCUUCUCCCCUUCCCUCCAUAACUCUCGGUAUCUAAAUUGAUGACAGCUCUGACACAAGCAAGAUAGCAGUGCUGUGUAGUAUACAUUUGUUUAUAUUAUCGGCACUUCUCAGUGUAGGUGGAAGGAACCAUUACCUUUAUUUAACAGUGGUUUUUCUUUUUUGUUGUUGUGUUUUACAGUUCUUUUCCCUGGUUCAGCCUGAACUAUAUACCAGGCCCUGCUGAAAAUACCACCCAACAGUUUUCUUCUGCAGCUUAUCCAGUUUCUCUUAAGUGCCCUGUACAUAUUGUAUGUUUUAUGAUGAGAUGCAGUUUCUUAAUAUGUAUUACAGAAAUACUACUGGUAUUUGCAAAUAUGUAGUUUAAUUGUAUUAUUGAACUCUCAUUUUGGGGGCUUGGGCACAUUAACAGAUUAAUCCAUCUGUAUAGGGCUUUUGCUGUUGGAUAGAAUUUAAAUUGUCUACAUAAUUGUCUUAGGACCUUUAGAUUUUAUCUGAAUACACAGAUUAGGCUUUAAAAGCAGGCAUACAUGUGGUUUUGGGAUUAAGGAGUUUUGGACACGUGAGAUAUUGAACUGACACUACAUAGCAACAUUUUUUGUUAUGGUUAGCAUGGCACAUAUUGGAACCUAGAGCAUUUUACUGUACAGGUAAGGAAUGUGCCAUGUUUUACCUAUUCUCUCUCUUUCUCUCUCUCUCUCUCUACCUCCCUCACUCCCCCCUCUUCCCCAAACUCUCCCUACACACAUUUCCCCUGUGUAUUCAGAGACCUUCAGAAACAUUCAUAGUCAUGUCAUGAGUCAGCAAAAGCCCUACUCUUGAUUCCAACGUAAUAUUUCCUUUACAUACUUUCCUUCUUUUAAUUUUUACAAAAUUUGUAUGGUAGGUGUAAAGAAAAUCAUAGUGACUGUACCAUAUUAUUAACCCCUAAAUCAAACUUUUUUUGUCUUGUGUAUCUUGAUUUUUCUGUGUGCUUUAUAGUGAAGCAGCCGACACGAGUCGUUGUUCAUAAAACAGCUUUUGAAAGUUGAGAGCACACCCCUGGAGAACCGACUGUGCUUGCUUACGUUUGGUUCAUGACUUAAAAAUCGAGUACAGGAGUUAUUCCUGAUGAGACUAAGGCUUUGUCUCUAUUGGCACCCGCUAAUGCAGUGGCAGGUCUUCUGCCUGGUGGUGGACUCCUGCCUACCCCCAACCCACUUACCCAGAUUGGCGCUGUUCCCCUGGCUGCAUUGGGAGCUCCAGCUCUUGAUCCUGCCCUUGCUGCUCUUGGGCUUCCAGGAACAAACUUGAACUCUCAGUCUCUUGCUGCAGACCAGCUGUUGAAGCUUAUGAGUACUGUUGAUCCCAAAUUGAAUCAUGUAGCUGCUGGUCUUGUUUCACCAAGUCUGAAGUCAGACACCUCUAGUAAAGAAAUAGAGGAAGCCAUGAAGCGGGUGCGUGAGGCCCAGUCCCUGAUUUCUGCCGCUAUUGAGCCAGACAAGAAGGAAGAGAAGAGAAGACAUUCGAGGUCAAGGUCGCGCUCAAGGAGGAGGAGGACCCCUUCGUCGUCCAGACACAGGCGGUCACGAAGCCGGUCGAGGAGGCGAUCACACUCUAAGUCCAGAAGUAGACGGAGAUCCAAAAGUCCAAGACGGAGACGAUCUCAUUCCAGAGAGAGGGGUAGAAGGUCAAGGAGCACGUCCAAAGCCAGAGACAAAAAGAAAGAAGAUAAAGAAAAGAAACGUUCCAAAACCCCACCAAAAAGCUACAGUACAGCCAGACGUUCUCGGAGUGCAAGCAGUUUGCACAUUUGUGAUUCUAGGGAGAGACGUCGGCGACGAAGCAGGAGUGGUACAAGGUCUCCUAAAAAGCCCAGGUCUCCUAAAAGAAAGCUGUCCCGCUCCCCAUCCCCACGGAGACAUAAAAAAGAGAAGAAGAAAGAUAAGGACAAAGAAAGAAGCCGAGAUGAAAGGGAACGAUCAACAAGUAAAAAGAAGAGGAGCAAAGACAAGGAGAAGGAGCGGGAAAGGAAGUCUGAGAGCGACAAAGACGUCAAACAGGUGACACGGGAUUACGAUGAAGAGGAGCAGGGCUAUGACAGCGAGAAGGAGAAGAAGGAGGAGAAGAGACCAACAGAAGCAAUGUCCCCUAAAACCAAGGAGUGCUCUGUGGAGAAGGGGGUGGCUGACCUGCGAGAGUCCAAAGUGAACGGGGAUGAUCACCACGAAGAAGACAUGGAUAUGAGUGACUGAGCCCUAAAGCUGGCUGCAGACGGGCCUCGGUAUCAUUCCUCCUGAUACCUAAUGCUGUGUGUGUUCAUCUCACCUAGGUGUAUACAGCUGCACAUUACCAAUGGCUGCAGAACACCCAAUUGUGAUCUCUAGUUCUGUACAACAAAAGCUUUUAGAAAGUGGUACCUGGGUGACCAGACUGCCAUGGUGAUAUCCAUUUGCGUGACCAAGCAGCUGUGCAACUGCUGCUUCCAACACAAAUGAACAGCUGCAUGCAUCUCCAGCAGGCAUGGAUUUGUCUCUGUCGUAUGAUCCUCAGUGCGUUCACUUAGAGUAUUUCUAGAGUUUGAGUCCUUGCCGUGAUAGAGCCAUGUAGGGAAUGCACUGAUUGCAUGUUACCCCAAAUGUCAUGAAACCCUCCAACAUGGGGACCUACUUAAUGGUCUUAUUUGUUGACAUGACAAAUUAACAUUCUUAGAGUUACAUCUGGAAACAAGCAUUUGUGAUAGAUAAGCCUUUUGAGCCUUGUGGCUAAAUUUUUGUGGCUUUGUUUAACUUUCAAAGGUUAUAUAUGCACUAACCUUUUUUUGAUGGCUAAGUAGGCUUUAAAUUACAGAAAAAAAAUUCAAAUAAAACUGGCUGUAAAAUAUGUUUUGAAUUAGAGUUGUUCACAUUUUCAUAGCUACUUUUGUUCCCAAUAAUUUAUUUCACAUCUCUACCAGUGAAUACAACCUGCUUAUCUAGCCCAUCACUAGAAGAAAAUGACCUCGUCCUGAUUUUCAUUUUUCAACUUUUUUUAGUUUUAAAGCUUACUGUUUGAACAAAAGGAGGUGGUGGUGCAUUUGAAAUUGACCUUCAUGUGCUUUUAAAAUAUGACAAAUCUUGAUAAUGUACUAUUUGAUCUCAAGUUGUACAAAACCAAUAAAUUUGUGUUACUUUGAUUGCAGUAGUAUCUUAUGCAGUGAUUCCAUGUUAUAUGCAGACUAGGUAGGUAACUGUUUUCUUAGUUACAAAAGUUAAAAGCUUCACUUUUGUGCAUUAAAAAACAAAAGUAGGCUACCGUCUGUGCCAUGUUGAUGUACAGUUUCUGAAAUUGUUUUACAGGACUUUGAUAAUAAAACCCUUAAACUCACAAGUCACGCUCCUGUAGAACUGCAUUGUUUAUUCCCACGUUGAAUGUACGGCAUUACUUCAUCAGUCUCCACACCAAGUUCUUCCCUUGUGCAUGUUCAAGCACAGUAGCUAAAUGGAGUACACCACCUCAGGGUAGAUGCCCGCAAAACUGUCAACAAAAACCUUCUAAAUUAUGGCUUGUGUUUUGGAUGUAGGACUGGGAUCGUGCAACAGUGUCUUGGGGAUAAAUAUGAUCUCACCUAUACCUAGUAAAUUUAUAUUUUCAUUGAAAUUACAGAAAUUUGCCUUUUCUGAAAUAGUAUGGAAGUUGUUGAUCGAAUGUUUGUAUUGUAUUGCCAUACUAGAUAAUGGCUAGUGUUGGGUGGCUGAGAGAGAGAUUGAGACUGGGAUUUGUAGUGUUCAAGUUUUGAAUAUAAAUUAUUAAAUAAAUUGAAUGCUCUAUAGAAAAGCAGCAUUUGUACAGUUUGUAGUUAAGUAACUUUUUAAGAAAGAUUUUAUGAACCGGAAUUUGGUCUAUGACAAAUACAUCAAAUUCCAUUCAUGAUCUGAAUAGCCACUACAUUUUUAAAACAAAGCUGAAUGUAGCUGACAUAUGCUUAAAACUUUAGCUGAUAAAAGGACCAUGUGGUGGCAUGACCACCAGUCUGGAAGAAACAAGUAAAAUACUGGCAGUUCCCAGAGCAAAUCAAUAUCCAAAGUUCAUUCCGUCGCCUGUGACCUCCUAAUGCAGACAUUCACUUUUCUACAGCUUCAAUUUAAAACUAGUGCCAGUGACUUAAGAUGUCACCAGAAGGCAGCUUUAUUUAGGACACUUGUUGGUUGGUGCUGCUGCUCUGGCAGUUCAUGCCUCUUAGCUGACGAACAGUUGGACCCAAGUGGACACUGCCACCACAUUGAGUUCUCUUCUGUAUUUGGUGGUAAACCAAUUUUAAAAAUAAAAGUGGUUUUGUUA